AGUUAUUUUUUAAGUGUUGCUGACGAGACUCUCCUUCUAACCAACCACAGUAGCUAGUCUGUUAGCUAGCUAACUUUAAAGCCUCCAAAGACAUGAGCCGUAAAAGAAACCACAGUUUCACCGAAACAAGCCUUUCUCCCGACCCCCAAAACACAUUCAUGGACACGCCGGGGCCUACGGCGAGAGCCGAAGAUGAUUUCUUGGAAUUCGAACCCGACGAGGAGCUACUCUGCUCGGUGAGCGACAUCACCGAACACCUUGGAAGAAACAUAACAGUGGUGCUCGAAACGGCAUUGUCCGAAAUCAGGAAAAUUGUCAGCGUCAGGAUACGGGUUCUGAAAAUUGAGCUGCGGGAGAAAACAGACGAAAUUGAAGUCCUUAAAGCAAGGCUGGAGAUACAAAGAGACGGUAGGGACCCGUACCCCAGCGGAAUGACCACCGAGGCAUCAUCUGUAUUCCGAAAAUCAGACUUCCAUUCGGGCAGCAAGCACAGCAACGACCCCAAGAAAGCCAAACCAGCCAUGCCUGGCGUAAAGAAAGAAAACAUCAAUGCAAUUUGCGAUUAUCUGAUGAAAGAUAAGAAUUCACGGGGGGCUGAAGCGGACAGCGACCCGAGCAAUCCUCCGUCUGGUAGUGACAGGGACAGCCGCCACGAACCCCAGCCGCACUCCCUCAACCUGUGGCCGGACACCAUCCCUGACGCGGGGUCUGGGGAUGAGGAGUCGGACUCGAACACGGAUGACCUAUUCGGCAUACUACCAUCGGGAAGCAAACGGAUCUACGACUAUGAAUGGAUGACGGGUGUGGAGUACACGUCGGAUUUGAAAGGUAUGAGGGAGCCUAAAUGUGAGACAAUACCAGAUGAAGACGAAGAAGAGAAAGACGAGGAAGAGGGUGAUGAGUCAAACGAAAGGGAUGGUGGAUUGGAGCAUCCCUCAGCACCUUUCUCCCAUGACGCCCACACCCCUGACUUUCCCCUGGCCCCCCAGGCCUCUUCAGGAGGGGAGGGGGACGGUUCUGUGGAGGACCAUGUGGAUCGACUAGAACCAGGCCAGCAGUUUCCCUCCCACACAUACCUCUGCCCGCUGUGUGGAACCUUCUGCCCCGACUCCUUGUUCCUGGAGGAACACAUCAAACUGAUACACGGCAACACCACCGGCACCCACAGCGCCCUGCAGUCCACCUCCACCACACUCCUCACCCUGGGGGAGGGUAGCAGUAACUCAAAGCGGGGGUUGGGGGUGCUGGAAGGUGGGAGCAUGGGGGCCGGGUCUGGGGGGAUGAGCCUAGCAAGAGGAGGAGGCGGGGGAGGUACGAGGGAGAAGAAAGUGGAAGGGGGCUACGAGUGUGGCGACUGUGGCCGCCAUUUCAACUACUUGGGCAACCUACGGCAGCACCAGCGCAUCCAUACAGGGGAAAAGCCCUUCAUAUGCCCCGAGUGUGGGGAGAGGUUCCGGCACGCUGCCCGAUUGAAGAGUCACCGGCUGGGGCACAAUGGCGGGCAGAGCCCCUUCCCUUGCCCCCAGUGUGGGAAAGGCUUCCCGGUGCUCUCCGGCUUAAAGAGGCACCAGCGGGUGCAUACAGGGGAGAGCCCCUACGCGUGCCAGCAGUGUGGGCGGCGCUUCAAGGAGCUUGGUAACCUGUAUACCCACCAGAGGAUCCAUAGUGGUGCCACACCCUAUUGCUGCCAGCAAUGUGGGAGGAGCUUCCGUCACCUGGGCACCUACAAGAGCCACCGCUGCACCCCAAUACAGUGACAGUGACACUUGUUACCUUGGACCUAGGCUGGCCUACUGCUAAGUGUAGCCUAGCCAUCGCAGGAGCCUAUUGAUUGACAUGCUGUUGAGGAGACUGAGGCAGGAACAUUGUCUGUCUAAAGACAAGCACCAUACAGACUCAAAAGGGAGUGUGCCAUGAUGGGAAAGGUCAAAGUGCAUCAUGAUAAAGAGAUGAAAGCAUGACCCUGUUCCAAUACUUCAGAAACACAUCCCUCCUUCCCACUUCGGUGAAAUAAUCCAUGACUUAUUCAACAUUAUAAACUAGGUGUUUUGAGCCCUGAAUGCUGAUUUGGCAGACCGUAUACUGCUCUAAUUACAGUGGUAACAAUAAUAGCAAUAAGGCACCUCGGGCAUUAUUGCUUAAUGAUAGUAUAGGUGAAAGCAAUAUGUUUUUCGCCAACCCCGAGUGGCACAGCGGUCUAAGGCACUGCAUCUCAGUGCUAGAGGCGUCACUACAGACCCUGGUUCGAUUCCAUGCUGUACCACAACCGGCCGUGAUUGGGAGUCCCAUAGGGUGGCGCACAAUUGGCCCAGCGUUGUUUCAGGUUAUGGAUUUGCCGGGGUAGGCCGUCAAUGUAAAUAAGAAUUAGUUCCUAACUGACUUUCCUAGUUAAAGGUGAAAUAAAUAAAAAACCAGUCAGAUCUGGGAUUAUUUCUAGGAAGGAAGGAAGGAUGCAUUUUAGUUGUAUUCAAAUAGGACCCAUGUUGGCAUAUCCUGUUGGGAAGAGGUCUCACACUACUAAGAGGAGUGUGACUUUGCUGCCACCUUGUGGACUUCUUAUAUUACUGCACAAAUUAAGUUUCACAGUGGCACUGCUGUUUUAACCUCACUUACCUACCAGCGACUAUUCUGCCCAGAGCAGAUAAGUUGGCAUUUUAUCUUCUUUUUUUAUAAUGACGUAACCUAUAUUAAUGACACUAUAUUCUUUACACCUUUUUGGUAUGUCCAACAUCAUCAUGUGAGACAUUUUUUUGUUCAGUUCCUUGCUACCUCAUGUAGAACAAGGAAUCAAGUCAGCUCUAUGGCAUUUCUAUCUGCAACGUUUGACAACUGAACGCAGUCUUGAUAUCUGUAGCCCUUUCAAAUGAACCCCUCUCUUAACAGACUAGUUAUCUACACGGUUCAGGAAAACAUUCAGUUCAAGGUGAAUUAUAUGGGGGGAAAAUAACCCCUCUUGUCUCAAUUCACCCCAAUUGUGUAGCUGGAAAAUAUCCCCAAUACCAUAUGUGACUGUUGAACACAUAACAAAAGAAGCACCAACUUGUCCAAAAAAUAUCUGGUAAACAAUUCGUAUUAAAACGGGAAAUGUGAAAAGCUAAUAAUUGACCAUCUGCAUUCUAUGUGGUGCUUUGUGUUGUGUGAGUGUACUUUCAACAAUGCUAAUACUCCCCCCAUUGACGAAGACUUCCUGAUGUGGACUUGGACUAAGAUAAGGAGAGGGACGGGAUGUAAGGACUGGCAUACUUGGAAUAGAACAUGUUUAGAUGGUGUACAUUUUGAAGGAACAGUCAGUGCCCAGAGAGCCUUGGUGACUCAAUUGAGAUGGUAGAUUUGUGUGCGUUUGUGUACUUCUUUUGUAUAACCAGCGGGCACUGCGUUUCUGUGUCUGUGCAGCUGUGUCUUCAUCCUGCCCACUGCAGAGGGACAAUCAAAUAGGAGAUAAACAUUACGACACUC